UUUCUUCUUCUGCUGCUGAGCCAAGCAUUUCGUCCUCAUGGACACCUCACCCAGUCCACGCAGACGACGGAGCCUGCCAUGGUCACUGUUUGCAAGUUUCCGAGAAUCUCUCUCACAGAGCCGGAAUGACACAAGGUCUGGCAAUGAACUUCCAAUACAGACACAGGCAAAUACCCAGACACCCUCAGAGCCGUCUCAGACUCUCGCUCUAGCUAGAGCCCAGCUCCCGACUCCACCUCGUACGCCUCCUGAGAGAGCCAUUCCUCGUCCUCCUUUCCCAAGGAACACCGCACCAAAUGGCCGUCGGAUACGUCCUACUCGACUUGAUCCCAUUCCUGAGGAGACCGCCCCUGACGAGCUGGAAGACGCCCGGUUCCUACUUAUGCAGUUCCUGAUGCUUCACGCGUUGGAGCGAGAUCUAAUAAUGAUCUUCGAAGGCACGCUUUCGACCGUGCUGCUCCUCCCCCUUUUGAUAGAAAUCGUGAGUAUAUCCCCUGUAUUCUUUUAGUGAAUAAUCAUAGCAAUUUGAUUUGGAGACGUCUGCUAAUGCUGGAUUUAUACAGAAGUUCAACCCCUUCUAGGAAGGGAGCACCCCGGCGCUGCAUUUAGGAGAAACACACCCUUCAUGCUCGAGCGUCCUGAUCGUUUCGUCAUCAACCCGCUGACCUCCCGGCGGCCCCCUGCACGCCAUCACGCCUCGUACUUCACUGAGAUAGUUGAUCGGCCUGGAGGUCCCCCCGUUCCACCAUUCAGACCCAGCGGGGUUCCGAUCCCUGAUGGACGUCCGAACCCGUUUCUCCCCCCGGAGAUGCAGAACCGCCGUGGCGAGCCCGCUCCCCCCUCUCCGCGGCCUAGACUCCGGCACUCGGGGCGGAGUAUCGGGUCCUUGCGUUCGGUUGCUCAGGCGCAGAGCGAGCCCAGCCCGACCAGACAGGAUCCUUUCGCCGGGUUUAAUGAUUCAAGUCGUCUCAUUGAGAGACGUUCAGGGAAG